CACCAACUGUCACAUUCAUUCGAACUUCUUCUUAUUAUCAUUUGACAUGUCAAAUUGCAAAUUCAAUUUCGUUUAUAUAUUUGUUUUUGCAUCCGCGCUAGAAAUAGAUCGAAGCAAAAACAUUUGAAAAAGCCAUAAAACAAAUCGAAAUUAAACACACUGAUUGAAAUUCCAUGAAAUUUAUGCGGCAUCUGUCCGAUACGCUGAACGAAUAAAACAACGCAUAACACUUUGUAGACAUAAUAUACCUUGUAAUUUGUGUGGGCAUUUUUGAAAUGACAUCAAAAGACGCUCGAUAUUUUAUCAUGUUUUGUUAUCAGUAAAAAUUAAAAUUGAGUGUGUGCCAUGUUCCUAUUAGCCAUAGCUAAGCAUAGUCAAAUGCCGCGUUGUUGAGUUGCCUAAUUUUCUUUUAUGUUGAGUUCAGUUCAGUUGUUUUUUUUUCACUUUCUUUCUUCCUUCUUAAUUCUCCGUUCCGCUAUUCAGUUCGGUUUAUUCGGAUUUAAGUCUGACGAAAACGAGAAUAAAAAUUCAAUCUCUUCAAUGAGUGCUAAUUGAAAUCAUAAGUUUGAAAUCCUUUUUUUCAUAUUCCUCUUGACCGUGUGCCAUAUUUAUGUGUUAAAACGUGAAACAUGAAUUAUUUUUUUGUAAUUUUGCUUGUGUGCCAUGUGAGUCUCUCGUUUGGAUCGGCAACCAAUGUAACGCCUGAACAUGGAGAGCCAAUAGUAAUCGAGAAUACAAAGCAAUCAAACGAAGUGCCAUCAACCACGGAUGUGGAUCAAAAGAAACCACCGACUAUUUUAAUUGCAACACUCUUCCGGAAUAAGGCGCAUAUAAUGCCCUUGUUUUUCACAUACUUGAAUCGAAUCGAGUAUCCAAAGGAUCGGAUUACGUUAUGGAUCCGUUCCGAUCAUAAUGAAGACGAAACGAUGGAGGUGCUAAAUCAAUGGCUGUACAAAUGGUCGAAUGCAUAUCAUCACGUUGAUAUUGAAUAUGACAAUACAACGAAACUUCGAGAUUCGGAAAUAUCGCAAACGCAUUGGUCAAAUGAGCGAUACCUCGACGUGAUUCGCAUGAAGGAGGAGGCUCUGAAUUAUGGUCGCAAAAUUUGGGCUGAUUAUGUUUUCUUCUUCGAUGCGGAUGUACUGCUGACGCGUCCAACGACAUUACUUGAGCUUAUACAUUUGGAUGUACCAAUUGUUGCUCCGAUGCUGCUAUCGGAUGGUCUUUAUUCAAAUUUCUGGGGUGGCAUGACGCCGGAAUACUAUUAUCAGCGCACCACCGAGUACAAAACCAUCUAUAAUUAUGAUCAACGGGGUCAAUUCGAUGUGCCGAUGGUACACAGUGCCGUUCUUAUCAACCUAAAUGACAAGCGCAGCGAUACGCUAACCUUCAACAAAACCAAAUUAGGUGCACGUUUUUUGCUCAGCGAUCAUGAUUUGGCACUCAUACCAACCGAUGACAUUAUCAUCUUUGCAUUGUCCGCCAACUAUUCACAAAUGCCAUUGAAAAUAUCCAAUGAAUUUUUGUACGGUUUUGUGACGGUGCCAUUGGAUGCGGAGGAUUACAUUGAAAAAGACUAUCAACAGUUGCUUAAUUUGAAAAUUAUGAUUUUAAAUGAUGAAACCAAUUCGUUGAUUGACGUUGAACCAGAAUUUGAACGCUUUUCAAAGUAUCCCGAAGCGGAUAUGAUGAGCUUUGAUCGAAUAUUCAUGAUUAAUUUGUUGCGACGCCCAGAACGACGUGUUAAAAUGGAACGAAGCUUCAAAGAGAUCGGAUUGGAUGUGGAGCAUGUAGUGGCAGCCGACGGUCAAAUACUGACACAAGAAUAUUUGGAAGAGAUUGGCGUCAAAUAUCUACCCGGUUAUGCUGAUCCAUUCCAAAAUCGACCGAUGACAAAAGGAGAGAUCGGGUGUUUCUUAAGCCAUUAUCGAGUUUGGGAGCAACAAGUUGCUCGUGAAUUGAACGAAGUUCUUGUACUGGAAGACGACAUUCGCUUUGAACCAUACUUUAAACAACGUGCACUGCAUUUGAUGGACGAAGCACGACAAAUUGGUGGAUGGGAUCUGAUAUAUUUUGGCCGAAAGCGUUUGGUUAAGAAGAAUGAAAAUUGGGUCGAGGGUUCCGAUCAUCUUGUUCACGCAAGCUAUUCCUAUUGGACACUUGGAUAUGCUCUAUCCCUUGAAGGAGCCAAAAAAUUGUUGGCUGCUAAGCCGCUUGAAAAUUUGCUACCAGUCGAUGAAUUCUUACCGAUAAUGUUCAAUCAACACCAGAAUGAAACGUGGAAACGUGCAUUCCCCAUUCGGAAUUUGAAUGCAUGGAGUGCAUCUCCGCUUCUGCUGUUCCCAACGCACUACACGGGCGAUGAAGGAUAUUUGUCUGACACAGAGCAAUCGGAUAUAAUCGACAUCGCUGGCGAGAAUGGUGUAGAGAAAAAAGGCAACAAGGAGAAUAAUAAUGGUAGCGCAAUGAUGAAAUCAAGUGGCGAUGGUGAUAACCAUGCGAAUGCCGCGACUGCAAACAAUACAUCAAUUGACACGUCAUUUCUUAUAAACAAAGUCAACGAUCAUGCAACCAUUCAGCAUCAAUCAUCCGAUCAACAUAGCGAGCUCUAAAUGACAGACACUUCGCAUAAAUCUCUCUAAACGCAUUUUUCCAGUUCUAAAUAUUUAGUCGACAAAAAGUGCCUUUUUUGAUGACAUUUUUUACUAGUUCUACUCAUUCAAAAAAGACCCAUUUGCAUCCGCAAUCCACAUAUUGCAAUGUGGUUCAAUUUAUUUUCUCAUAAAAUGUAGUAAGCAACAUGCCAUGAUCAAUGAAAAGCAGACAGAGUUUUGAAAUCAAUUUGCUUUAUUUAAAGAAUCUCCCGAUCGCAUAAGAAAAUUAAAUACCAAAAAUCGCAUUUUCAAUGCACAAUUUUGUUGAGCACAAAUUAUUUUUAGAAACAAUUUUACAACAAAAAUUAAUAAAAAAAAAACCACAGUCGAGAGUUUAUUUCGAUAAA